CACACAAGAGAGUGGGAGUGAGAUCUCUUCUGGUGAAGGUUCAGGCAUUUUUUUUGUUUUUGAUUCAGACUAGGUGUUGUUGCCCAUCAAAAAGUACAAAAAAACCCAAAAAAGAAGAAAAAGCAGAAAGUUACUUCUUUUCGCCAUUUUUGAUCCCACGUUUUUGUAUCUUUUUUUUUUUUUAAACCCAAGAAAAAUCAUAUUUUCACAAGGAAACCACCGAGAAAAAGGGAUUACAUUUUGGGUUUUGCAACUUUCAAUCAGCAGUGAGUUUUGGGUUUUGUAUGAUCCCUUGAAUCUGCCCUGUUUUGGGUGUUGAAUGAGAUCCAGGCUGAAUGUGGUAAGAAAAAGUCUUCUUUUGGGCCCUCUGAUCCUGAAUAUUUACCAGGAAGGAUAAAGGCCAGAAGGGUUGGAGGAAAGUUGCGUUCUUGAUCACAACUCACAAGAGUUUACAGAGAGUUGGUAAUUUGCAGGAAAAAGGAAGGAAAGAUUGUUCCUUUUUUGGUGCAUUUUCUGGGUUUUUCUCUUUUGGUGGGUGGAAAAUGAGAUUGCAAGUUGAAGAGUAAAACUAGCAACAAAGAGGUACUUGGAAUGGACUGAGAAGCAACCAGUUGGCUAUUCUCAGGUUUACUUAAUCAGUUCAUCUUGUAUUGAUUAUUCAAGUUGGUAUUUUCUCCAUUUCUGGAAAAUUGAAAGGGUUUUUUACCGAUCCUUUUCGUUGUUAUUACAGUUUAUGUUCACAUUAUGAUUAGCUGGUGGUUAAAUGUUAGAAAUCCAGAGAACCCAUGUUUUGUAUUUUCCUUGUGAAUGUCAUUGGUGUGGUUAGAGAUCAAAAGCAUUGGGAAUUUGUGUUCUUAGUGUGUAGGAUGAUGUGGUUGGAGUAGUUUUUGGUGUGCUAUUGUGUGUAAUCUUGGUUCGAAAUAGUUACAUUUCUGGGUGCAUUCGAAAUAGUUUACGUAGUGUUUGAUUAGAAGAAUAAUUCAGAAUGGCGGAAGACCAACAAGAAAUGCGAUCUUUGGCCUUGACUCCAACAUGGUCUGUUGCUACUGUGUUGACAAUAUUUGUGGCUGUUUCUCUGCUUGUCGAGCGCGGAAUCCAUAGGUUAAGCUAUUGGUUGCGGAAAACUAAUCGUAAGCCCUUGCUUGAAGCUGUGGAGAAAAUGAAAGAAGAGUUGAUGUUACUUGGGUUUAUCUCUCUCCUUUUGACGGCUACCUCAAGCAUGAUAGCCAAUAUUUGCAUUCCAUCAAAGUUCUACAAUAGCAGUUUUUCUCCAUGCUCUAGGUCUGAGAUUACUGAAGAAACUGAAAAUAAACGUAAGCUGUUGAUGUUUAGUGUUCUGCCUCACUCAUUCAGAAGAGUGUUAAAUGAGUUGAAUCGUAAUUCCUGCAAAGAGGGUUAUGAGCCAUUUGUUUCAUAUCAAGGCCUUGAGCAGUUGCAUCGCUUCAUCUUUGUCAUGGCAAUAACACAUAUAUCCUACAGCUGCUUAACGAUGUUGCUGGCAAUAGUGAAGAUUCACAGCUGGAGAGCAUGGGAGGAGGAGGCUCACAUGGACCGACAUGAUUCAUUGACUGCAGAGAUCACACGGCAGAUGACAAUGCGAAGGCAGUCUAGCUUUGUAAAUCCAUCAACUCCUGUUGUCAGGAAUAACAUUUUUAUCUGGGUGAGAUGUUUCUUUCGGCAAUUUGGGAAUUCAGUGGUUCGUGCUGACUAUUUAACACUCCGCAAGGGCUUCAUCACGAAUCACAACCUUUCACCAAAGUAUGAUUUUCACAGCUAUAUGAUUCGGUCUAUGGAAGAGGAAUUCCAAAGGAUUGUUGGUGUGAGUGCCACACUCUGGGGAUUUGUUGUUGCCUUCAUGCUGUUUAAUGUAAAAGGGUCUAAUCUUUAUUUCUGGAUUGCAAUCAUUCCAAUUACGCUAGUUCUUCUUGUGGGAAUGAAGCUGCAGCAUAUUAUUGCAACCCUAGCAUUGGAGAAUGCUGGUAUAACUGGAUCCCAUGGAGGAGCAAAGCUGAGGCCUCGGGAUGAUCUUUUCUGGUUCAAGAAGCCCGAACUUUUGUUGACCUUGAUCCAUUUUUGUUUAUUCCAGAAUGCAUUUGAAUUGGCUUCAUUCUUUUGGUUUUGGUGGCAAUUUGGGUAUAACUCUUGCUUUAUCCGAAGGCAUUGGCUCGUGUAUAUAAGGCUGAUUUUAGGGUUUGCCGGGCAGUUCCUGUGCAGCUACAGCACCUUGCCACUGUAUGCCUUGGUUACUCAGAUGGGAACGAAUUAUAAGGCGGCAAUAAUCCCACAACGGAUAAGAGAAACAAUUCAUGGAUGGGGAAAGGCAGCUAGGAGGAAAAGAAGGCUAGGCAUGUACACCGAUGAUUCAACCAUACGCACAGAAACAAGCACAGUAGCAUCACUUGAGGACGAUGAUCAUCAAAUGAUCGAUUACCCUGCAGAUGAUGCUAAUACGCAUAAUGGAAUUGAGUUGCAACCGGUUUUUUGUUCUGUGUCCAGUCCUUGCCCAGUUGGUAACCAAACCUCAACUAGGCCAGGUACACCCCUUCUUCGACCAUCGGCUUCUGUUUCUUCUCAAUCAGUUACAUUGACUAUUCAAACAGAAGGUAUUCCAAGAUCCGCUUCAAUGCCAGCUAGAAGGGAAUGAAGCAUUGAUCAACAAAGAUGGUAACGAAAAAAUCGCAUGACUAAGAAUAUGGGAUCCGAUUGAAUAAGAAAGUAUUAGAAAAGGAAAUUGUGCAGAUUUUGCUUCCCUCCAUAUGCAGUACGAAAAAUACUUGAGGUCAUACAAUACUAGCAGGAUGUAACAACGCAUGACAUGAUAGUGCAGUAGUUAGAAUGUAAACAUUUGAUGUAAUAGCUACAUAUAUGAAAUCAGUAUAUAUCACUGACUAAUUAUGAA